AUCAUCAAUAAAAUUCCUUUGAUAUCGAUGUUUGAAUACAAAUAACUGUAAUUAAAAAAUAAUUGUCCCAUGGUUAUGUUCAACUGUAAGCAUAUAAUUAUAAUUACAAACAUUAAUUGUUAAGUCAACAAAAAUUAACUGUCAACUUUGACAUUUAAAAAAAAUUUUAAAAAAAUCGACGUCAGUUUUCUAUUAACGUGGCAAGGAUUCGGUGUUCAAUAAACUCUGGUCAAAGAUGAGUUCUGUAGAUGGAAAAGUUGACAUUGAUGCUGAGGAAGUAAAGAUUCCGGUGCCAUGGGGUCACGUGAGCGGAAAAUGGUGGGGGCCAAAAAAUAUUCAGCCGAUAGUGACAUUACACGGACGGCAGGAUAAUGCAGGGAGUUUUGAUCGCUUGAUCCCGAUGAUUAGCAAUGAAAUAUCAUUUCUCUGUCUGGAUUUGCCUGGUCAUGGUUAUUCCUCCCACCUUCAUAAAGGACAGUACUACUUUGUUUAUUACGACGGGUUAAUGUUAUUGCGACGAGUCGCCAGGCAUUUCCAGUGGAGUAAGAUAAAACUUCUUGGACACUCUCUGGGCGGCGCAAUUGGAUUUUUGUACGCAGCUUCUUAUCCAGAUGAAGUUGAUCUGCUGAUAAGUCUGGACAUUGCGAGUCCGACUGUCAAGACAAUCAGCAAAUGUGUGACUCUGACAAAAGAUAAUGUCGAUAAAUAUCUAAAAUAUGAGCAGCAUACAAAUGAUUCUGCGCCCGUGUAUGAUUACGCAGAGAUGGUUGAUAUUGUCAUGGACGCAUACGGGGGUUCUAUCACCCGCGAAAGUGCUCAGGUUCUGAUGCGACGUGGCACCCAACCUGCGGCCAUUCCUGGCAAGCACGUUUUUUCCCGAGACCCACGAUUAAAAGUAUCACUUCUCGGCAUGCUGUCAAUGGAUCUGACAUCUGAGUAUGCGCGGCAAAUAAAGUGCCGGUAUUUAAAUAUUCGCGCCAUGCCGGGUCUGAAAUUCGAUCAUCCCGAACAUUACCAAGAGAUUCUGGAUAUCAUAAAAAAUAACUCAGAAAAAUUUGAGUAUCAUGAAGUCCAAGGAAGUCACCACGUCCACCUCAAUGAGCCCGAAAAAGUCGCGCCGAUUAUCAAAAACUUUCUAGGAAUCGCAGCUUAGUAAUUAACUGGCCAUUUUUUGAAUAUUUAAAAAAUACCUCGUAAUUUAAAUUAAUUAUACCCGUGUUUAAACUUUACUUCCAAUCCGUCAAUAACUUUUUUAACGCGGGUUAAAUUAUUUAAAACCAGUGGCCAUUUAAUUAUAAUUAUACCGUAGUACAAUUAAUAAAUAAUUAACUAGUAAAAUAAUUUAUCUAAAAAAAUCUGCAAUGAAAGUAAAAAUAAAAAUAUAAUUUGCCGUCCAAUUAUUUUAUUAAUAUUUAAAAUCUAUAAAAAAAAAAGAAUCGGUUUAUAAAAUAAUUGAACAUUUGCAUCUUAAAAAAUAUUAAAAUAUAUACUGAGUUUAAAGGAA